CAGCAAUACAAGAAUACAAAGACAGGCUGCCCACCUUUGUCAGAUGCAGUGAACCUUCGUAACACGAAUAACAAUCAACCAGGACAAAUAUUUUCUAUGAAUAGCGAAGCGAUAGGACGUCCUAAAAUCAUACGGGAAGACGAUGUGGAGUUUGUGGAUGGAUUUCAGAUUCAUUCCAUCAUCUAUCUUUUCUCCAAUCUGCCCUCAAAAGACAGAAACAACAAAGUCCGUCUCCUUUGGCUUGAAGGCAAAGGAGGCAAACAUCAGACUGUGAAGUCGCUCCGGGGCGCAACUCUCAGAGUCUCUGAUGGAGAGAAAGGACUCAGACUGAUCGCCUCCUCGGUGAUCCCGGGCGGUCCGCCGGUGCUCUGGUGCGGCGUGUUCAGUGUGGACGGAGGACAAACCAACACCGAGCUGGUGCUGUUCGACAUCAGCCCUGAUCUCACCAGAGAGCAAGAUAUGGACCCGGACUUCUGCUUUAACUGUGGUUCUAAGAAAGAGGAGGAGCCAAAGACACUGAAGCCGAAGAAGGUGAUCUUCAGGAAGAACUACAUGACUUCUGUGCUGGCAGUGAGACAGAAAAACUGGAUGGUUUUCUUCAUCGGGACGGGAGAUGGGCAGCUCAUUAAGCUUGCUGUGGACAAGAAGUACCAGACCACGUGUUCCAGAGUGCUUUUCAAAACCAGUGACGACCGCAAAGUGUUUCAGACAUUACAUCUAGAUCAGGUGGAUCUUAAACAUGUGUACGUGCCAUUUCAAAACCAGAUAAAUCGUGUUCCAGUGUCAAAGUGCAGCACUUACAAAACAUUGCAGGACUGUUGGUCUGCACAGGAUCCAUACUGUGUUUGGUGCGGAUCUGACAAAAGCUGUACGUUUCAAGAUGACUGCAAAGACUCAGACUGGCUGUCCAUUCCUGAUGAUUCUCAACAGAAGAUGGUCUCAUACAAAGUUGCACAGGAAAACACUGGACAGAUCACACUUACCAUCCAGAUGCAUCUGUUGGUGGGCAAGAGUGCACUUUCUAACUUCACCUGUCAAUUAGAAAAUUUUAAAAUGAAAAACCCUAAACUACAGUUCCCACAGUGCACCUUCAUACUUGAAAAUACUACAUUUCCUGCUCAAGGACUGCCUAUUAAACUUAAGGUUGGAUUUGGGACGACAGAGCUGUUAGAACGGCUGAACCUUCUCAACUGCACCAAAAUUAGUGGACCACCAACAUCUGUCUUGUGUCGGCAGUGCAUUGAUGCUGGGUGUGGCUGGACCACAAAUGGAUGUUCCUGGGCCAAUAAAGGAGUAGGAAAUGACAGUGUUUGCCAGAUGAUGGAGUCAUGGAUGAACUUCUCAAGGCCACAGAUCUCCUCCAUCACUCCCAGUGUUGUGUCCUUCUACGGCAGAAACAAUGCAGUGUUGAAGGGUUUUAACCUCAGUUCUGUGAUCAGAGUGAGGUUCCAGGCAGACUGCACACCACAAGAGUUUCCUGUUUGGGACAACACUGGUGAAAAUCUGACCUUUCACAUUCCCAGUGCAGAAAAUAAAGGAGUAGUCAAUGUAUGCCUUCUCCUCCCAGAUGGCAGUUGCCAUGGCAGCGCCAAAAUCACCUACCGAUCGGCAUCAUCCUGCACGAGCAUUUCACCCAACAGCACUUGGAUAAGUGGAAACCGGAAGAUCAAAUUAAUGGGAUCUCUCCUGGAGCUUGUGGAAGCUAUCAAACACAGCAAAGUCCUGCAGGAAGUCAGACUGCCCAAUCACGACACCUAUCAGGCUCUACAGACUCUCACCUAUGACUCGCCUGCAGCUACAAAUGCUUACUGGACUUUUUCGAGCACUUUGUCUCUGAAAGUAGCAAAUGAAACCUUGCCCUGUUCCACAACAAUAACCUACUACCCAGACCCUGAGUUUACAAGCUUCUCUUCUACAAUGACAGGGAAUGAUGUCCGCAUCACCAUACAGAAAAAGGCAGACAAACUAGGGAUGAACAUAACAGAGUUGUCUGUGUGGGGCAUUCCUGAAGAAAAUCGACACCCCUGCAUCAUGGUGGACCAAGAAACCAAUGAUGAGACUGAGAUUGAAUUUUUUACCUGUGAGAUCCGAAACACUCGCAUUGCUACAUUUCAGGAGUUAGAGAUAGAGUUUGGACACACAAUGGUGAACCUUAAAUUGGUAACAACUUUGUACAUUGUGAUGUUGCUACGCCUUGUGCUGAUACCUGUCGUUCUAAUUGCUUUAAUAGUGAUCAUCUGCUGGAGCAAACAGAAGAAGUUCAACUAGAAGAAUAAGACGGUUGUGGAGGACCUUGAGCUGAGACAAGUUGUCCUUCCAUAUCCAUCAUCUCCUGAUCACUAGCACCUGUGGGCUGGAGAAAAAGGAUCGUACCAAGUUCCUUCUACUCUCUCCUACACUGGAGCAAAGAUCAUCUGCAUGGUGUCAGACACCACUCUACAUAAUCUGUUAUGUAAUAGCCUUUCAAGACUCUAUUCUGCAACAGCACUGUAACUAAGACCUGCCGUCAUUACCACUUUUUUUAUCUUUUUAGAAUUUAGGGGGGCCUAUGCCUUCAUUUAGACAGUUGAUAAAGUAAGAAAUUGAGAGAGAGAGGGAGAGUGGGGAAUGACAAUGGCAAAGCGUUGAGGGUCAGGAUUGAAGCUUGAAAAGGGGUUAAGAAGUUGCAUGAUCAUGAAUCUUAUCCAUUUCAUUUCAGGCAGUCCUUAGUCAUAUGUUUAUCAGGCAAUUUUAUAGAAAAGUAGAGGGAUAGCAUUUAUCAGAAAGAUUUACAAUCAAUCAAUUUUUAUCAUUCAACCAUUUUCUUAUAGAGCUAUGAAGUUUAUAUACAAACUUAAUAGCUCCAAAUACUAACAAAGAUUAUCUCAGGAGACUUUUCAAAAAGAGCAGGUCUAGACCUUGGUCCUUGUCAUAUUACUUACAGACAGGGACAUCUUGCAAGCCAAACAUCUCUAAGUUAGAGUGGGGUCAAGGGUUCCUUUCUUGAAAAAAAAUGGGAAGAAUGAUGCCAUUUUCUACAUUUUGAAACUUUUAUAAUCAAAGACAAAAUUUGUAUUGUUUCCCGAUGAGUGAAAAUUCCUCACAUGCUAAUUGCUCAUUUCUUUGUAAUAUUUUUUUUCUUCAAAAGAUUUUUUUUAUAUUUUAAUAUUAUGUAUCAUUACGAAAUAUUAUUGAAUUGAAUAAAGAAUUGAUUUUUUUUAAUGCCAAAAUAUGA